GCUUCGACGCGGUAGGUUAGUCAUUAUUUCGAGGUAUUUUCUUCCCGUACGAAUCGAUUUUCCUUCAUAUUUGUGAUUUACGUGCCAAAGCGAUUCAAUGGAAGUAACGCAGUAGACCUUCCAAAAGUGAUUUACGCGUAGUAUAAAUGUAUAUUGAAGAAAUUUACUUUGCUAGAGAGUGUUUAAUAACAUCAUUGGGAGAAACGUGACGGUUAAUCGUUGGGCGUUACCAAACAUCGCUGCGUUUUUCUCCAAAGGAAGGGGACUUUAGUGGAAAGACCGACUCGUCUCCCUUUCUGCCUCUUAUCAGGAUUAUUUUUACAAGUGUACAAUACCGUUCGUUUCGACAGGUCGAAUCAAUUUCGACAGGAUCAUCCGUUUAACCGUUCAUUUACCGUUAUCUUUUUUUGUCCUUUACCCGACAGAUCAUCCGCUGUGGACCGCUUGAAUCCAGGAAAGUUGGACAAAAAGAAAGAAAAUAAGAUGAGCUACGGAUAUCAAGGACCACCACCGGUGAUCCAGUUUCCAGGACGUGGACCACCGCCGACGUCGUUUGGGGUUCCACCUGGUACACCCUCUGCCCCCGGUGCUCCGCCAUAUUCGCAAACCACUAACAUAGGCUUUCCAAACGCAGCUCCAGUUUCAUUUGGCAUGCCUCAACCCUAUUCUCCAUACGCUUCUUCACCUUAUCCAGUGCAACCAAGUCAUUCGAGUCCGGCUAAUGUAUCAAGCGCUAUGAGUUCCUCUCAGUUCCCGCAACAAAUGCCCUAUCCUCCUCAGCAGCAACAAAUGCCCUAUCCUCCUCAGCAGCAACAAAAUGUAUAUCCUUCUCAGGCAACGUCUUAUCCGCCGUCUUCUUCUAUGCCCGAAUCUUCUUCUUUUCGGCAACAACAACGAAAUUCUGUUUAUCCUAAUCUUCCGCGUGAACAAAAUGCACAUUGCUUCGGAGAUAGAAAUUCGUCUUCUUUGUCGAAUCCUAAUAUGUCAUUGUCAUCUAAUUCAGCACCAUACCCCGGUGGCAGCUAUCACGGGGGGCAGGGGUUAGGAAAUUCAUACUCCCCUUAUGGCGCUAAUUCGCAUUUGGCUUCCGGUCGUGUUGCCCCAGCCCCCCGGAGCUGCAAUGCGAAUAAGUUGUCACCCACGGUGGUACCUUAUAACGGCUUUGACGCCAGAGCUGACGCGGAAGUUAUAAGAAAGGCUAUGAAAGGAUUUGGUACGGAUGAAAAGGCCAUUAUCAAUGUUCUUGCCAAUCGAAGUAACUUGCAGCGACAAGAAAUUGCAUCUCAAUUUAAAACGCUUUAUGGAAAAGAUAUGAUAAAGGACUUGAAAUCGGAAUUGUCUGGAAACUUUGAGAAAUUAAUUCUUGCUAUGAUGAUGCCACUACCGCAAUUCUACGCCAAAGAACUACACGAUGCCAUGUCUGGUAUCGGUACGGACGAAUGCGUGCUUAUUGAAAUAUUAUGUACAAUGUCGAAUCAUGAAAUUCGUGUUAUCAAAGAAGCUUACGAAGCUAUGUACUGUAGAAAUUUAGAAGAUGAUUUAAGAUCGGAUACAUCUGGAAAUUUCAAACGUUUAAUGGUUUCAUUGUGCUGUGCCAAUAGAGAUGAAUCAUUCGACGUAGACCCAGCUAGUGCAAUGGAAGACGCGAAAGUUCUUUUACAAGCUGGCGAACUCCGAUUUGGAACUGACGAAUCGAUGUUUAACGCGAUCCUCGUUCAGAGAAAUGUACCACAACUGAAACAAAUUUUCCGAGAGUAUGAAGGUAUAACUGGUCAUACUAUAGAAACUGCUAUAGAAAAUGAAUUUUCAGGGGACAUUAAAAAAGGUCUCCUUGCUAUUGUAAAAUGUGUGAACAACAGAGCUGCCUUUUUUGCCGAACAACUGUACAAAAGUAUGAAAGGAUUGGGAACGGACGACACCCGUCUCAUCAGAUUGGUCGUCACGCGUUCCGAAGUUGACAUGGGAGAAAUAAAAGAAGCCUUUAAGGAAGAGUAUAAUGAAUCACUAGAGGAUUUCAUAUCCGGUGAUUGUUCUGGACAUUACAAGAAAUGUCUCUUAGCUCUUGUGUCCUAAAUCUCCAAUUCCAUGGAAAUAGAUUAGUUAAACUUUUCGUAUUUACCAAUUAACCAAGUUUCACAAGUAUAUUUCGGCUUUCUCCAAAUAUUUAUAAUAUUUGUACAAAAUUGAAAUCAACGUGAAAACGUAUCUUUAAGCAUAUUAAUGUUCCUAUGCGCAUUAAUCUCUACAAGAAUACGAAAAGUGAUAAUAUUCUUAUACGUUAAAGUUACAAGCUAUGCCAAUUUU